CUAUAUAACUGGGAUGGAUGUGAACUCAACCCUCCGCGUGGUGUCGCUGUUUGCUGGACGCUCAUUGGAUAAAACAGCGACGUCACUUCCUUCUUUCUCUUCGACCACCGCCAUAGUGGGGAAAGGACUGUGGACACAAUGUCGUCCCACAAGACUUUCAGGAUCAAGCGCUUCCUCGCCAAGAAGCAGAAGCAGAACAGGCCCAUCCCUCAGUGGAUCAGAAUGAAGACUGGCAACAAGAUCAGGUACAACUCCAAGAGGAGACACUGGAGGAGGACUAAGCUUGGCCUGUAAACGUGAGGAUCUGUGGAUCCCAGCGUCCCUCCAUCACAACAUCUGCCAGGAAGUCCAGCUGCUGGGCCCGACCGCGGGGAGGGAGCCAUGUUAUCUGGAGCAGCAGUCGUUUUGUACAGAUACUCUGGUUAUGCUCAUGUUUGACAAUAAAAGAUCUGUGAUCAAACUUGAA